ACACACACACACACACAAAAUCAGGUGUAGCUCUGCUGUGGUCAAAGUGCAACAACUCAUUCACUGUCCCUCUCUCUCUCGCUCUCCUUCUCUCUUUCACACACUUCAUGUCUCUUUCGUGACUAAUUUACACACUGUCUCACACACACACACACACACACACACACACACACUGCUCUGUGGUGCAGGGAGGGAGUAAAGUUCAGGCCGGUCAGGAGGACAGAGAGAUCACCGUCCUGCCGCGGAGGAAGACGAACGAACUGGACGACGCUGCAGGGGCGAAGAUGGCGGUGUCCGACUCGUCCUCCUGCUGUUUGUCUUGUAUCCGCCUGAAGGACAGAUGUCCUCGUCCACAGGGCCUCAUCAACCUGCUCAUCACUAAAGUGUGUCUGUUCGCCCUGCUCUUCGGCGUCGUCUGGUCCAUCACAGGAAGUGAGUGUUUACCUGGAGGCAACCUGUUUGGCAUCGUCAUCCUCUUCAUCUGCUCCGUGCUGGGAGGGAAGCUGGUGGGAAUGAUCCAACUGCCCACGUUGCCCCCCUUCCCUCCACUACUUGGGAUGCUGCUGGCGGGUCUGCUGCUGCGUAACGUUCCCUACAUCACCAACGCCGUCUUCAUCGACACUCACUGGUCUGCAGCUCUGAGGAACAUCGCCCUGUCCAUCAUCCUGACCAGAGCCGGGCUGGGCCUCGACCCCUCGGCGUUGAGUCGUCUGAAGGCGGUGUGUUUGCGUGUGGCGGUCGGUCCGUGCAUGGUGGAGGCCAGCAUCGUUGCUAUCGUGUCUCACUUCCUGUUGGGUCUGCCCUGGGUGUGGGGCUUCAUACUGGGUUUUGUCCUGGCUGCAGUGUCUCCAGCGGUCGUGGUUCCUUCGAUGUUGCUCCUGCAGAGAGAAGGAUACGGAGUGGAGAAGGGAAUCCCCACCCUGCUGAUGGCUGCUGGGAGUUUUGAUGAUAUUCUGGCCAUAACAGGGUUCUCCACCUGCCUGGGAAUCGCCUUCUCCACAGGUUCUACGUGGAUGAACAUCCUGAAGGGUCUGCUGGAGGUGGUGGGAGGGGUCAUAGCCGGGUUCAUCCUCGGCCUGUUCUUGUGCUGCUUCCCCAGUGGAGACCAGGAGGACCUGGUGUUGAGGAGGAGUCUCAUGUUGUUGGGUCUGUCCAUAUUUUCGGUCUUCUUCAGUCAUGUCAUCGGUUUUGCCGGAGCCGGUGGUCUCUGUACGCUGGUGUUGGCCUUUCUGGCUGCUCUGGGCUGGAAAACAAACAAGGCCCCAGUGGCAGCCAUGGUGGGCCGAUCAUGGGAUGUGUUCCAGCCGCUCCUCUUUGGUCUGAUUGGAGCAGAGAUCACCAUAAAAAACCUCAGCCCCAGCACCGUGGGUCUGGGUCUGGCCUGUAUCAGUAUCGGUCUGGUGAUCCGCCUUCUCGUCACCUUCCUGCUGGUUCAUUAUGCAGGAUUCAACCUGAAGGAGAAAAUCUUCAUCGCUGUGGCCUGGCUGCCUAAAGCUACCGUACAGGCUGCUAUUGGUUCCAAGGCGUACGAUAUGGCGAGGGAAGAGGGGGACGAGACCGCAAUUAAGUUUGGUUUGGAUGUGCUAACGUUAGCUGUGUUAGCCAUUCUGACCACAGCUCCCAUUGGAGCGUUGGGUAUCGGACUGGCUGGACCUCGCCUCCUGGCCCGGCAGGUCAAAGCAGAUGACACAGAAGGCGGAGCCACGACUCCAAGCAGCAACGGGAUUGUUCAAGAAAAAGAUAACGUGACCCUUGAGAGCAAGCUAUGAGGUUUCUGAUUGGACAAACAAAAGAAAGCUAUAUAUUAUACACCUUAAAUAAACCUUUUAUAUGUGCAGAUAUGUUUAUAAAAUAUCGUUGCUGUAUGUUACUUUUAUGCUUUGACAUGCAAAUGCUAGUUUUUACUUUCACUACCUAAAUGUUCAGCGACUGAUGUAAAUAACCACACUGCUACAGAAGGUUAUUUCCAACAUUUUUAACAGAUGACAAGUUAGGAAUAAUAAAACUAACACAAUGUGAAAUAUGCCAAAAAUGUGAUUUCCACAGAUUUACUUUCACAAACGUGAUAUUUACGACAUUAAAGGUCAGUCAAAUUAGAAAAAAAGAUCUAUUAUGUUAAAAUUAGGAAAAAUUCCCAGCAGUUAACUUAUGGAAUUACCAAACCAUAACAGUAGCUGGGGCAAUUUACAGCAUUGUACAAUUUCUACCCAAUGAGUUAGCUAGCUAAUCUAAACAUAACAUGCUACAUCCAUUUUCCUCAAAGUAACUGUUUGUCUUACACGUAGCUUUAUUUUUUUUAGUUAUUAUUUACCACUUUUUGUUAUUCUAUGAUUGUAUGUUGAGUAGGUGGACUACAAGUGAGGUAAUUCAUCAUUUUGGGAAUAGCAGCUACUUUAGCUAGCAUGCUAAUCUGAUGUUUAUGUGCUGGGAUAAGUAAGAACUUGUUUGUACGAAGUGUUGCCGACCGCCCCUGAAGGCAACACACAACACACAAAGUCCUCGUUGUAUCACGAAGAAUAUUUCCAACAAUUAUUGUACUGAGGUGUGGUUUCCUUCAUAUGUGCUAUUAAUGAAAAGCUUAAUAAAUACUU